CCGUAACAGUAACUCGAUAUGUUUCAGCUUUUUAAGCUUAAAUCGGUCGACGACUGUGAUUCGUGCGAUGUUUCGAUUCCCCGCCAUGUGUGGUUCAGCCGCACGUGGAUAGCGUCAGCGACGAACUCAGCCUUAGCGACGGUGAGAGCGACGACAUGAGAAGGAUAUUAGAAAUGACGUCUAUUACUAGAGUUGUUUUACUAGGAUACUUCGUGGUCUAUUGGGCUUGGAGAACGCCACGGCUCCCGGAGAAGGGUAUAAAUGCCAUCCAGACUGCAGCUUUGGAGAACCAUCUCCUUGCAUCUCACCACAAAACAACAAAACCCAAAUAACUCCUUUCGUUAUUUUCUAUUUGUUUUUCUCUCUGUCUCCUAUCUUCUUAAUUAUCUUCUUCUCCAAUCACUAAAGCAAAACCACUUCACAUAAUAUCCACCAAGACCUUCAAAAUGCAGUUCACUACCGCUGUCCUCGCCGCUCUCUCCACCGUCGGCGCUCUCGCCCUCCCCCAGUACGAAUACACCGACAACAGCGUCAUCGUCCAACUUGGCGGCGACGACGAGCUCGCCACCCAGACCCAAUUCAGCAAAGUCCAAUACGGCCAGCGUGAGGAGCAGAUGCCCGUUGGCUCCUCCGGCCCCUUCAAGACCGUCAAUUUGGAAGUAGGCAAGGGCGUACAACAGCAAAAUCUCCGCUGCCAGGUGCUCGAUGACGCCGGCAAACCUAUUGUCUUGAUGCGCGGCGCCAACGUGGACAUCACCUUCUCGGAUGCCGAUAAGGGCGAGUGGCAGUUCAGGAAGGAGAGUAUGGUCAGCAACAUCAUCUGCGACCCGACCUUUGUCGCCAUCGACCCCAGCGAGAAGGACGUCACCAUUAUCCUCUCCGGUCCUAGUGAGCUCGCCACGCAGACUACGCUCCUUCUCGGCGGCACGACUCUCGAAGCGCAGUCCCCAACCGGCUCGUUCGGCCCGUACAACACCGUUGAGCUCCGCGUUGGCUCGCUCGUCGAGAACCAGGCUCUGCGCUGCCAGGUCCGCGAUUUGUAUGGCAACCCGAUCAUCAUCAGGCGCGGCGAGAAUACCGAUAUCACGUUCUCGGAUGCUAAGAAGGGCUCCUGGGCUUUCCUGAAGCCGGCUGAGAGCGAGGUCCAUGCCAUUAUCUGCGAUCCGGCUUUUGUCGCGCAGAAGAUCAUCGUCUAAGCGGCUGGCUCUGGCCGAAUAUGAUUUUGAAUGGCGGAGCAUUGGGAGGGAUGCGAUGCGACGGUUGGUCUAAUCCUUGAUUUGCAUAGCGACGGUUUUGGAGCAUUUUUGUGGCGUUUUGUUUUUUAGAUCGGUUCGCUUUUAGAUUUUUAGUACGACUGCUCGUUAAUGCUUUGUUUAUAUAGAAAAUGGGAUCACUCCUUCUCCCCG